UUUGUGUAUAGGUGUUGUAUUGAAAUCAUGGAUUUGAUAGGAAGAGAUUACAGAGUGGAAGUUAAAGAUGUCUAGUAUCAAUUUUUGAUGAAUCCCAUACUGAAGAGUCUAAGAGAGGAAUAUAAUCAUGCCGAAAGUCCAGAAAGCAAAUGGAAUAUUGUGAAUGAAGAUGAACUGGAAAGAAAAAUAUAGGAUGAUAAAGGCCAUCGUCUUUCAUAAGUGCAUCUUGAGAUAUACAGGAAUAACAUAAAUGGAAGUCACCUUAUAGGAUUGCCAUUUAGUGCCAUUGAAGAUCUACUAAGCAUCAUUUUUGCAUGAUUACUGCAAGAAGAUAUCCUUUCUGAAGUCCUUUUUGAAGUUCGUUAUUCGGACCCUGUUUGGUGCAAAUUAAUCUACAUCAAGGCAUCCUGAAGAAGAUAUCUUGAGUCAAAUAUUAAUGGGGAAGGUAUAACUUUAAAUGGAAUGAGGAAAAGAAAGAUUAAUGCACAGCUGAAAACUAACCCCCAAGCCAGAGACAUAGUCACAAAAUAACCUGAUAUGACAAAGGGUUUUUUCUUAUUGAAAAGUGGGGUGGCCAACAAAAUAAAAAUUAAGAAUGGCUCACACAGACACAAAACACACGCAUGUGUGUGCAGGGCAUUCUUUAAUGAAGAAACAUCAGAGCUGCUAGACACACCUCGACGCGGGAGCCUAGUGACCAAGGAUGGCUUCUGCCUGGAAACUAAUUCUGUUCCUGUCAGUCACUGGAUGUCUUUCAGAAUAUUCUGGAGCUCUUCCAAGUCUGCCUACUUCAUAUGCUGCUUUGCUAAGGAUUAAGAAGAGUUCAUCUUCGUCCCUCUUUGGUUCAAAAACGAGAUCACGAUAUAACAACCCCUCGUUAGGAACUCUGAGUGUUUCUUCACCCAGCUGGCGAGGGGCAGCCCAGCAAUACUCUUCCCCAGUGAAUCUCUAUCAUUCUUCAGAUGCCUUCAAACAAGAUGAAAGUGUGGAUUAUGGGCCAAUAUUUGUGCAAGAACCAGAUGAUAUAAUUUUCCCAACUGAUUCUGAUGAAAAGAAAGUAGCACUGAAUUGUGAAGUUCGUGGCAACCCGGCUCCCCAUUACAGAUGGCUUCGCAAUGGAACAGUAAUAGAUUUGGAAAGUGAUUAUCGAUACAGUUUGAUAGAUGGGAACUUCAUUAUAAACAAUCCGAGUGAAGCAAAGGAUUCCGGUCAUUACCAAUGUUUAGCAGCCAACACUUUUGGAAGUAUUCUUAGCAGAGAAGCCAUCCUGCAGUUUGCCUAUCUGGGAAAUUUUAGUGGCCGGACGAGAAGCGCAGUCUCUGUGAGGGAAGGCCAGGGGGUUGUUCUGAUGUGCUCGCCUCCGCAUCAUUCACCAGAGAUCAUCUAUAGCUGGGUGUUUAAUGAAUUCCCAUCCUUUGUGGCGGAAGACAGCCGGCGGUUCAUUUCCCAGGAGACAGGCAACCUUUAUAUUUCUAAAGUCCAAACAUCAGAUGUUGGCAGCUAUAUUUGUCUGGUGAAAAACACAGUGACGAAUGCGCGAGUACUUAGUCCUCCAACACCACUCACGCUGCGUAAUGAUGGUGUGAUGGGAGAAUAUGAGCCGAAAAUUGAGGUCCAUUUUCCAUUCACGCUUACAGCUGCUAAGGGAACAACUGUUAAGAUGGAGUGCUUUGCACUUGGCAAUCCAGUUCCAACCAUCACAUGGCUGAAGGUGAACGGCUACAUCCCUAGCAAGGCACGUCUGCGGAAGUCUCAGGCAGUGCUGGAAAUACCCAACGUGCAGCUGGAUGACACAGGCAUUUACGAAUGCAGAGCAGAAAACACACGUGGAAAAAACUCCUUUCGGGGACUACUGCAAGUGUACACUUACCCGCACUGGGUGGAGAAGCUGAACGACACUCAGCUGGACAGCGGGAGUCCUCUCCGCUGGGAAUGUAAAGCUACGGGGAAACCCAGACCCACCUACCGUUGGCUGAAAAAUGGAGGCCCCCUCUUGCCUCAGAGUAGAGUUGAGAUGGUUAAUGGAGUAUUGGUGAUCCACAAUGUGAAUCAAUCCGAUGCUGGGAUGUAUCAGUGUGUGGCUGAAAAUAAACAUGGAGCCAUUUAUGCAAGUGCUGAGCUGAAGAUUCUAGCUUCAGCUCCCACUUUUGCAUUAAAUCAACUGAAGAAGACAAUCAUUGUUACCAAAGGCCGCGACGUCUCCAUAGAAUGCAAACCCCAAGGUUCUCCAAAACCAACCAUUUCUUGGAAGAAAGGAGACAAAGCCAUUAGAGAGAACAAAAGAAUAGCUAUUCUUCCAGACGGGAGUCUACGGAUCCUAAAUGCUUCUAAAUCAGAUGAGGGGAAGUAUGUUUGCCAAGGGGAAAAUGUCUUUGGUUCUGCAGAAAUCAUAGCUUCAGUGUCUGUAAAAGAACCUACGAGGAUAGAACUUACUCCUAAAAGAACAGAGUUAACAGUAGGAGAAAGUAUCGUCCUAAAUUGCAAAGCCAUUCACGAUGCUAGUCUGGAUGUCACUUUCUACUGGACACUGAAAGGCCAACCUAUCGAUUUUGAGAAAGAAGGUGGACAUUUUGAAAGCAUCAGGGCCCAAGCAUCCUCUGCAGAUUUAAUGAUCAGGAACAUCCUUCUGAUGCAUGCUGGGAGAUAUGGCUGCAGGGUGCAGACCACAGCAGACAGUGUGUCAGAUGAGGCAGAACUUCUUGUUAGGGGUCCCCCGGGCCCGCCAGGGAUCGUGAUCGUCGAGGAGAUCACAGACAGCACGGCCACGCUCUCCUGGGGCCCUGCAGCCGAUAACCACAGCCCAGUGUCCUCCUACAACCUGCAGGCCCGCAGCCCCUUCUCGCUGGGCUGGCAGACGGUCAGAACAGUCCCAGAAGUCAUAACCGGGGACAUGGAGUCAGCCAUGGCCGUGGAGCUGAACCCCUGGGUGGAAUACGAGUUCAGGGUGGUGGCCACCAACCCGAUCGGGACCGGCGACCCCAGCACCCCCUCACGCCUCAUCCGCACCAACGAAGCAGUUCCCAAGACAGCCCCCACCAACGUGAGUGGAAGAAGCGGAAGAAGACACGAGUUGGUCAUCGCCUGGGAGCCAGUAUCUGAAGAGUUCCAGAAUGGGGAGGGCUUUGGCUACAUCGUGGCCUUCAGACCCAACGGAACACGAGGCUGGAAGGAGAAGAUGGUGACAUCCUCGGAAGCCUCCAAGUUCAUUUACCGCGAUGAGAGCGUCCCUCCGCUUACGCCCUUUGAGGUGAAGGUCGGCGUCUACAACAACAAAGGGGACGGGCCCUUCAGCCAGAUCGUGGUCAUCUGCUCAGCAGAAGGAGAGCCCACCGCUGCCCCCACGGACGUCCGGGCUACAAGCAUGUCUGUGUCAGAGAUUCUCGUUGCGUGGAAACAUAUUAAAGAGAGCCUGGGAAGACCACAGGGAUUUGAGGUUGGUUACUGGAAAGACACGGACCCAGAGGACGCAGCAGAAACCGUCAAAACGAGGGGAAAUGAGUCGUCCGUGGUCCUGACGGGCCUGGAGGGAAACACGCUGUACCACGUCACGGUCAGGGCGUAUAACGGAGCCGGGUACGGGCCGCCCAGCAGCCAAGUGAGCGCCGCCACCGAGAAAUCCCCCCCCAGCCAAGCCCCUGGCAACCUCCGGUGGGAGCAGCAAGGCUCUCAGCUGUCUCUGGGCUGGGAACCUGUCCAGCCACUGCUCAACGAGUCUGAAGUCCUGGGCUACAAGGUGUUCUACAGGCAAGAGGGUCACAGCAGCAGUCAAGUCAUUGAAACUCAGAAACCUCAGGCAGUGGUUCCCCUCCCUGAAGCCGGCGUCUACAUCAUCGAGGUUCGGGCGUACAGUGAAGGGGGCGAUGGGACCGCGAGUUCCCAAAUCAGGGUACCAUCUUACUCAGGUGGGAAAAUCACGAGUGCCCAGUCGUCCCUCCACAGCCUCUCCACGUCCUCCUCUUCAGUGACGCUGCUCUUGGCUCUGGUGAUCCCUUCCACCUCGUGGUGAAAACGCAGACUUCAUUUGCUUUUCUUUGCUUUAGCUUGAUAACAGCAGUGGAUAGCGUGUAGUGUCCGUGGAGAUCCAGGACUGAGACGGGUUUUGAAAACUUGUGACGGCCCAGGGCGCGCUCACAGGAGGUCAGCGGGACUCGACUUACCCACCAGGUUUCUCUUUGAUUUUUGUAAAAGGAGAAGACACUUCUUGUUCGAAUAAAAAUAUGCAGAUUGUAUGUAAUGCAAUUUUGUAAGCACUUGUAAUUUCUGUCAAACGUAUUCUUUUUCAAUAUGUUGGAAUUUGAUACGAUGGCCGAUGACUCCGCGGGCGCGCCCAUUCGUUAGUUAAGGAACUGGUCCUCGCAGAUCCGACAAAAUACAAAACUGAGAAUGAAAAGUCUUCUUAAGGCUCCGAGUCUAGUGUUUCUCAUUUGCCUUUCAGCUGACAAUUCCAACUGACCGACCAGCAGGAGAUAGGAAAAAAAAGACAUCAGUUGUGUGGUCUGCUGUCGGAUAAGUACACAAAUUGUCAUCACACCGUAUGGUACGAUUGCAUAGUGAAGUAGCAGGAUCUGUCAGGAUCCUAUUCUGUGUGCUCCCCUGAUCCAAGGUACUAGAGGGGGUGCUAAGCUAUUGACUUGUGUGCACGGUGAAUAGAAGGUGAGCCCAAGUGAGUUUAAGUCUGUUGUUUCUUCUUCAAGUAUGCUUAUCCAGCUGCAGAUACAGUAAAUGUGUAUUUUCAAUAGUGAAAGAGAGUUAACCGUCAGAAAAAUAUAUAUAAUCACUAAAAACUGGAGAUUCUGACCUGCUGUCUAGGGUGCUAACUUGACAAAUAAAUAUAGGACCCAGCUUUCCCUUCCCCACCCACAGCCAACACAGAUGUCAAAGGUCCGGUUUUUCUCCUAAUUGCAAAUAAUGAUGCAUAGAUAGUCUGGGGGUGAAACUGGCUCAAGCAUAACAAAUAAAUUUUGAAUCUUGAGCGGCCCCAUGUAUCACAUACCACUUACAAAAUCUUACCAAGGAUUAAAAUAAAGAGGACCUGUUGGGUAAAUUGGUAGUUUUUUAAUUAAGCUGUGGGAACAUGACCUCAGUGCUGGACCCAGCUGGUCUAACACUGCAUCCUGCUUGGGAAGUAGCCACGUUGGCCGUGGCGAGGAGCCAGCUUGAACCUGAGACAGCUGUUGGAAAGUCAGAUGCAAGAUUGCUCUGUGAUGCUAUUUGGCAGCAGACCUAGCAAACAUGAGAACGUGUCAAAGGUCAAAUGACUCCCAAGACGAUGCCUGAAGGGACAGUCAUGGCAGUCGCAUGCCCCCAAAGCUGGCGACGCCACGGUGGGGCAGGGGACAUUAGCAUGGGAACAAAAAGUAGCUUUGUGUCUUUUAUAAAAUCUAAACCUGUCAAUUCUACUUGCUUUUGUAACAACAAGGAAAAUGAGGUAAAAUGGAGCUCAAACGGUGGGCUCUGGAGGUUAAUCCCUGUAGAACAAGAGGACAGAGUGGAGUUGCUCUUUGGACAUCAUGAAGACUGGUUUCAGAGACACGGUACAGCUAUUUUUGUUGGCUACUCAUUCUUUGUGGGGAGGGGGAAAUAAGCAACUAGUGAGUUAACAGAUUAUUAGAGAAACCUCUGCAGAGAGUGAAUACCAUACCGAGCCUCUGGAAAAUAAUGCCCGUGGGGCCUUCCUCAGCACCUCUAAGCGGGAGAAGCUGGGCAGCAGACUGACUGGCAGACAAAACUGAUUUCUCCUGAGUAUCAUGUAGCCUGCAGGAGCACAUCGUGCCUCUGGCAGAAAUGCUGCAAGAGUAUUAAAAAAUGGACAAUGAUUUUUAUUUCAAAUUUGGCGACUCAAACCACUUUCUUAAUUUUCCAUGGUAUUUUAUACUAAACUUAGUGAAGCAAACCAACUAGACUUACGAAUCAAAUUAUUACUGAUACUCUUAGAAAACAAAGCCCAAUAAAAUAGAUGGCAAAUUCUAAUUAACCAACACUUCGCACUAGCUGAUGGAGGGGACGUAUCUGACAGAGCAGUUACGGCAUGUCUGAGGCUGUAUCCUACGGGAAGCCAAGAUACGGGGUGUUUUUAUUUAACAUGCACAGAAUAUGUAUUUUGCAUCACAACCCUAUUUAAAAAAAACAGGUUUUCAAUGUUUAUGUACUUCUGUAUUACAUACUUGUUACUUUACAGAAAGCUGAACAGCAUUCCUGAUCAAGGGACAUCAUUUUUCAGCUGCAGUACUGAGAGAGCUUUUUCUGGAUGGGAUAGUGACUGCACAGUCUUAAAUCAUUAAAGAGACUGUAUUUUUGUAUAAUGUCAAUUGCUCUAUGAAGAACAAAACACUCCUCAUAAUUAAAACUUUCAUGAAAGUGAACGUUUUGCAUACCCCACUGAAGGUACUGUGGACCCCAUGUCAAAUCAUUAAAUAUAUUGUAUACAAUCUGUAUAUAUACUAUAUAUAAUGGGAUAUACCAUGUGAAGGCACAGUCAGAUAAUAG